ACAACAGUUUGAGGCUGGAGUCUCUGCGGUCACCCUGACAUUGCCACCACAUUCCCACCAGCUCAAAUCAGUCUGUAAAGACUUUUAGCAUAACGCUGGGGGGGAUUAAAAGAAUUAAGUAACAACAAGAAAAAGAAGAGAGCGAGAAUGCUAAAGAGGUUGACAAGAGGAUUGUGGAACUAUCGCAGCAUCACCCUGAUCGCUCUGACACCGCUUCUACUGCUUCCUCUUCCUCUUGUCAUCAGGACGAAGCAGGCAGAAUGUGCCUUUGUAUUGCUGCUGAUGGCGACGUUCUGGGUGACGGAAGUGAUUCCUUUGUCCAUGACCGCCAUGAUCCCCGCAGUCUUCCUCCCCAUGUUUGGCAUCAUGAAGUCCUCGGAUGUGGCGAAGGAGUACUUUAAAGACUUCCACUUCUUGCUGGUGGGCGUCACCUGCCUUGCCACUUCCAUUGAGAAGUGGGGUCUCCACCGCAGAAUCGCCUUAAGGCUAGUCAGCAUGGUGGGAGUCAACCCUGCAUGGUUGAUGUUGGGCUUCAUGUCUGGCUGUGCAUUCCUCUCCAUGUGGGUCCAAAACACCUCGGCUGUUACUAUGGUGAUGCCUAUUGUAGAGGCUGUUCUUCAACAGAUACUGAAGGCCAAGGAGGGGGAGUGUGCUGGAAAAGACAACCUGACUCUGGAACUGGACGAAACUGACAGCCGUGUUGAAAAGUUGAAAGACGUUAUGAGUGAUCAGAGGCAUCCAGAUGUUCCUGUGGAGACCUUCACAUGUGUUCAGAUACAGACAGCAUCAAAGCCUGCUGCAGCUCAGGUUGUUGUAUGUGAGCCUGCGGCUUCCAGCAAGAGUCAUCGCGACCUGAUGAUUUGUAAAGCCAUGUGCAUCGGCAUUGCCUACUCCUCUAACAUUGGCGGCAUCUCCACGCUGCCUGGCACGUCACCCAACCUCAUCUUCUCCGAGUACCUCACCCAGGUUUACCCAAACUGCAACUGCAUUAACUUCGGCAACUGGCUCCUGUUGUGCCUUCCCAUCAGUGUUAUCAUGCUGCUGCUGACAUGGAUAUGGCUGUACUGGCUCUUCAUCGGCUCAGACUUCAAGUUCCUGUGGCGAUGUAAAGAAGAGCCGUGUGAGAGCGAGAAAGCAGCAAGACAAGUCAUAGAAGACGAAUACAGGUCGCUGGGCCCCAUGAGUUCUCGGGAGAUCUUCACUGGGGUGGUUUUCCUGUUGAUGGUGUUGUUGUGGUUGACCAGAUCUCCGGGUUUCAUGCCAGGCUGGGCUUCUCUCUUCCCUCAUCACUCGGGCUACAUCACUGAUGCCACCGUGGCUCUGCUGCUGGGCCUCCUCUUGUUCAUCGUACCUGCCUACGGGCCAUCCAGAAAAUAUGAGGCUAUGAUCUCCUGGAACGAGUUCCAGUCUACCAUGCCAUGGAAAGUGGCCCUGCUGGUCGGCGGAGGCUUCGCACUCGCUGAAGGCACGGAGGUGUCGGGCCUGUCUUUGUGGGUGGCCCAGCUGCUGACACCUCUGGGUGAUCUGCCAGUCUUUGCCACUAUCACGGUUGCCUGCAUCAUCGUCACCACGGUAACAGAGGUGGCCAGCAAUGCCGCGACCAUCACCAUCUUCCUCCCCAUCCUCUCUCCUCUGGCAGAGGCCAUCCAUGUCAACCCGCUGUAUGUCCUGAUCCCCACCACCUUGUGCACAUCCUUCUCCUUCCUGCUUCCAGUAUCCAACCCGCCCAAUGCCAUCGUGUACGCAUAUGGACACAUCAGCACUGUGGACAUGGUGAAGGCGGGGCUUGGUGUCAAUAUAAUUGGCGUUCUUGCUGUCCUGUUGGCUGUGGGGACAUGGGGCGUCCCUUUAUUCUCUCUGGAUACAUACCCUGGGUGGGCACCAGUCCUCCCUGGGUUCAACUCCACAGCACCAUGAUGUUUUUUUUUUUUUGGACCACGAACAUUUUAAAAACGUUUUCUCCUAGAUGGCCUCCAUCCCUCCCAGGAAGGUCCACACCUUUUAUUGACCAACACUGAACUGGCUUUGCACUCCUCUAGGGAUUUUAUCUCCAUACUCGCUCCAUAACUAACAUGAUGGGGAUGUCAAGUUUGGGAUGAUGAGCUUUGGACUGGUUGUAGUUGUACCUGUCGGACAGGACUUUCCUAAUUAGAGUAAUUAUGCCCCAUCAACUUAAUAUUUGUGAUGCUCCCCAAGGUCCUGUCCUGGAUCAUUUAUUUAUUCAAUUUAUUAUUAUUAUAUUAUAUUUAGGAGCUUCUGUUUCAAGACAAGUACCUUACUUUGUACUUUUACUACCUUACCUUGCCAAUGUAUAUAACAUCUGUGUUUUUGCUUUCUCUGUAGAUGCGCAGAUCCAAACCAACAAUGAAUUGAUCCUAUAAUCCAACAAGCUUUAUGUGUGCUGUAUACAUUAUAAUCUCUAAGUACUCUGGUAGAGUAUAAUUAAUGAACUGGUGUCAGUAACUGCAACAGAGGUAACAAACCAAAAUAAAGCCUGGAAAUCUUGAAACUGAACCAAACUGAGAAUAAAACAUCAGCAAUUAAAAACAUGAAGCUAAUUUUCUGUCUUUCCAGUAUGGCUAAGGCACAGAAGUUGUGUGUCCAGCUAUUUGUUGUGUAUAUAUUGCCCUUGUUGCCCUGUAAUCUCCUGUACUCCUGACUAAUUUGACUGAUCAGUGGUAAAAGACUCCAGAGAAACACUGACCUCCAGUGGCUGCCGUGUCUGAAAGUUUCAGCCUCUAAUCUUAACACAGGCGAUCUUCAUGUACUGUGAAUAGACAGAACACUGAACUGACACCAGUGCUAAUGCAGCAGCCCUGCA